AGACAGACGAAACAGACAGAAAGGCAAAAUAAUAAAAAUAAUAAUAAUAACAACUGUGGAGGCAGAGUCAGCGUGAGGCUGAAGACUGCGACUUAAAACGCGUUGCCAAGUGAUUUUUUCCGGCUCGCAAAAAAUUAAAUAAAGGCAAAGAAAAAAUAUAAGUAAAACAUAACAAAAAGUGUGCAACGGCAGCGCAUGAAAAUUAAAAGAAAAAGUGGCGUGUGAACAUAAAAAUAAAAAGCGGCAAACAGAAAACUGCAACAGCAUUGUGUUUAGUUGUUGUUGCAGAAUAAAUUUCUUUUUUUAAAAAAUAGUGUGUCGUUGAAUGUAAUUAGUGUUGCAGGGCUGCAGGAACAGCGCCAACAAUAACAACACAAAUACAAUAAGCGAAGUGUGACACACACACGGAAAAUCGCGUUAUUUGAGACAGCGAGCGAGCGAGCGAGUUCUCGAACUAUAGUUUUUUUUUGCGCAAAAAAGGCUUACUGGACAACAGCAACAUGUCGUCGUCAUCGGCAGCAACAACAGCAACUACAAAACUGGAACAACACUCAAAGCCCAUACUGAGUCCAACACGAUCCCUUGAUGAAGGUUUCGAAAGUGAUCCGGAUCGUGUUUCAACCGAUUCAGAGCAUCAAACAACAAGUGGCUGCAACAGCAACAACAACAGCAAUGCGAGCAAUCACUCGACCAGCAACAGCAGCAACAACAGCAACAACAAUAAACAGAACAUUGGCUCAACGCUCGCCCAGCUUAGCUCGGCAGCUACGGGCGGCCUGACAACAGCAACAACAACAUCGCAGCCACUGCCACAGCAACAACAGUCGCCGCCACGUUUGUUGAGCAUGGCUGGGCCGCAGCUACAAAGACGCAGCAUCAAUACGACAGCAACAGAUGCCGCCCUCGACAAGUACUACAAGGAGCAGGCCAAAUUGGGCAUCGCCCAGGCCCCACAGCAGCCCCAACGUUUGCAGUACCAGAAGCAGCGACAACCCUUGGUCGCAUCGGCGGCAGCAACGCACCAGACCGUGCACAAUCAUCGUCUGACCAGCGGUCACAUUUCGCAUGCGGCUGGCAACUCUGGCGGCGGCUACAGACGCGCCAAAACGCGUGCCAUGUCGCCAGCCAGCACGCAAACGCUGGGCGGCAGCGGUCGCCGGAAUGCGCCACUAAAUGUGCUGACCCCCAGGAGUGCUCUGCGCUCCCAUUCUGUCGAUGCCAUUGCGCGUCAUCGUCACGGCUACGAUCCGAGCAGUUUGAUCCUCAAACACGACGGCAAUGGCAAUGUCAGCAGUGCUGGCGGCACCGGCGUGGCCAGCAACACACGCAUGCUGAACUAUAAAUACAGUCCAGGCGGUGCAGCAGCUGCUGUUGCCGCUGCCUCUGGGCAGGCUUUGCUUGUGCAGCCAAUCUCUAGCGCCACACUCUCGCCUGCGGUGGUGGCUGCCGGAUCGGCAGGUGCAUUGCCGACUGCCGGAGGAUCACCAGUGAUCGCCUCCUCUACAAAUAGUCUCUACACAUUCUAUCCGGCAGAGGGAAAUCUGCAGGUGUGGCAAACGGAAUGCGGGGAUCUUACCUAUAAAUCGUCCCGAAAUAUGCAUCAAUUACACAAAGCACCCGUGUGCUGGACACAGUCCAUUCCCAGGCAGGCCAGACGCUACAUCACGCCAGCGGCUGCAGCAACAACAACAGCUUCUGCCAAUGGGGGUGCAGCAGGAUCCACUAGUCUAGCCGUCUAUCCGACGGCCACAGCCCAAGUUUAUCGCCUACAUCCCGGAGCGGCCACCUCCAGCAAUGGCUUGGACGUCCUGGACUGCGCUGGACUGGACACGGCAGCAACAGCAACAACAACCGGCAACUCCAGCAGCGGUUUCUCGCAACGCCUUCGAGAAUUGGCUGCCUCUGCAGGUCUGCUUUCCCUGAAGCCACGUCAGCCCCUAAAGCCCGUGAUCAAGACACGCGGCUCACCCGGCCCCGAGUUUCCCAAAAAGGUCACCUUCAGCGCCUUCGCAACGGUGCAGGUGGUGUGAGGCGUGGCCAGAGACGGUUUGGUGUACUGAAAAUAACCGAGGAAUCCACUUGGCAAGCUCCCGCACCGGGUCUGUUGUUAAUACAUUUAUGUUGUUGUUGUCAUUUUGUUGCUGUUAUUAAAUGUAUAGUAAAUGGCCGCAGCUUCUAUGCAAGUCACGGCAAAUUAUAGUACCAGCUUCAUAUCGUUAAGUUACAUUUAAAUUUGUGCCAUUGAUAUGGCUUGAAAACUGAAAUGUUAUCAAAAAUGUAUCAUUACAAGUAUGCCCCAUAGCUGAAAUACCUCAUGGCCUCUAUUGAUUCCUCCCACUUCCAUUUUGUCGCACUCUUGUUUCUAAAUUUUUUCCUGAAGACUGACGUUUCACAGUUCCUUGCUUUUUCCUCACAGUAUUUUCAAUUCAACUCCUUAAAAUUCUCUAAAAUUUUCCAACUCUAUGCACGCCACACCAGUUUCCACAAAGGACAAAAAUUCAAAUAUUUUCUAUAAAAUUGUAAAUAUGUAUGAAUUUUUGAAAGGCAAGCAGAAAUAUAUAUACC